CAUCACUUCCGGUUGUUUUCACAUAAGCUGAAAACACAUGUUUGCUAACAGCUAGCAGUGGCGAUAAGCAGGAAAAGCGGACAUAAACGUCUCUGAAAAUGGUCCACAUCAGUAGAAUAUGUUUCCGCAAGUAUGGAAACUUUAUGGACAACCUCCGUCUGUAUGUACGUGGAGGCACCGGUGGGAUGGCUCUACCGCGCCUUGGAGGACAUGGAGGAAUCGGGGGAGAUGUUUGGGUGGUGGCGACAAAGAACAUGACUUUAAAGAAGGUCAAGGACAAAUACCCGUUGAAACGGUUUCUCGGUGGACCAGGAGGAAACAGCAGUGUCCGAGCUCUGAAAGGAGAAAGAGGGAAGGAUGAGGAAAUCUCGGCACCUGUUGGUAUCACUGUCACCGCAGACGAUGGUAGCAUACUCGGGGAACUGAAUGCUGAGGGCGAUCGUGUGCUGGUGGCCAAAGGAGGAUCUGGAGGCGCCCCUUUCACAGCCCUCCAGCCCAAGAAAGGCCAGGCCAAACACAUAAGACUGGACCUCAAACUCAUUGCUGACCUGGGCCUUGUAGGGUUUCCAAAUGCAGGGAAAUCAUCUCUCCUCACAGCCUUGUCUAGUGCCACACCUCAGAUUGCCAGCUAUGCUUUCACAACUUUGAGGCCGGAGAUCGGCAAGCUAAUGUAUCCAGAUUACAAGCAAAUCUCACUUGCCGAUCUGCCGGGACUAAUUGAAGGUGCUCACAUUAACAAAGGCAUGGGCCACAAGUUCCUGAAGCACGUAGAAAGGACCCAGCAGCUGCUGUUUGUGGUGGAUAUUAGUGGUUUCCAGCUGGCCAGUAAAACACCGUUCAGAUCUGCUUUUGAAGCUGUGCAGCUUCUCACCAAGGAGCUGGAGUUGUACAAGGAGGAGCUUGUUUCAAAGCCUGCAUUACUGGCGGUAAAUAAAAUGGACCUGCCUGAUGCUGAGGACAAACUGGAAGAACUGAAAGUACAACUGCAAAACCCAGAGGAGUUCACGAACUUGCUGCCUGAUGAUAUGAUCCCCAAUAACUUCAUAGCAUUCAGACACGUGAUUCCCGUUUCUGCCUCCACUGGGUUUGGUGUCGACCAUCUGAAGAAUUGCAUUCGACUCUCCCUGGAUGAGUACGCUGCCAUGGAAACGAGCAGCGUGCAUCACGAAAAGCUUCAAGCACUGAGGCAGCAGUCCUGUGAACGUUUGUAAGGAAUGUGGAAGAAAUCUCAAUCUUAAGUGGCGUGGGCAGGACACAGUGAGAAAUGUCAAGAUAGGUGGGAAGAUCUCUCUCUGGAGGAGCACUUGAGUAACAAAAACUGUCCAGCAUCAGCCUUGUGGAGAAAGUGUUUCCUACUUGCCUGAAAUAUUGGCCUGUUUCUUCUGACUUUCUGGUGCAAACCAGUGCCAACUACAUGAAAUGAUAAGGGACAUCUUUUUUACUUCCUUCAGAUGUUUGUGAGGAUUAAAAUCAUAUUCAGUAUUGUGUGCCCUUUUAAGCUGCUUUGAUAACAUCUCAACAUACAGCAUCCAACAGGGUUUACUUUGUAUUGAAAUCACCCAAAAUGCAACUAUUAUUGAGAAUUAAUCAUGUUUGAUUGAUUCUAAAUCCACUUACUUGGGUUUGUGUUUGAAUGAAAGUUUUAUUUUAUAGUAAAUUAAUUACAAUAGUCAAUGAUGAAGAGAAAAAAAUAAGUGGGUUGAUUUUUGCAUCAAUUAUCUGUACAGCACACAGGUAAAAAUAAUCAUAAUUUAAAAAAAAGAACUGCGGUGUUCCUGGAGUCGAGGGCAGACGAGUCUGGCCGGACAGGAGCACACCGAAGUCGUUGGUCUGCUCGAGUACGCAAAUAUAUUCAAAGUUUCCGGCCAGAGAUGGAGUCCACAGCUCAUCUGGAAGGAUGGACACUGUCCUGUUUGGAUUGGUCAGUCCAGCUGUGUUUGCAGGCUGAAUCCACAGACAGGUCUGACGGAGACCUGCAGCCUGCAUGGUCCCAUCCGGUCGCUCAGACUGUGCUCUGGGGCUGUGCAGGGCAAAUUCCAGGUACACCAGAACGAAUAUCUUCUUCUAACACAGUUCUAUCAUGUUAAAACUUUACUCAGCGCCUCUAAAAAUGAUGCUCGCCUCAGAAAAAACGAGAGGAGCAGAACUCUAGAGCAAAGAAAAAAUAAUACUAUAAAGCACUUAAUUACCAGUUGAAUGGUUGCUGUACAUAAUAAUGCCAGGGUUCCUACAUGGUCUUUAAAACGUUUGUAAAAGUAUGGAAUAUGUAUUAUUUUCCUUGUCUGGUUACAUAUAGGAAAAAUAAAUCAGUAUGGAAAAGUU